UGGGUCUGGCCUCCGUAUGUGUUGUCUCGACUUGUUCUGCCUCCGUUCACCGACUGACUUGGUAAUUCUAGUUCGCUUCGCUAGGUGGCUUUCUGUUCGGCUAUGACCAAGGUGUUGUCUCCGAUGUGCUCACCAUGGAGUCGUUCGCCGCCCGAUUCCCUCACAUCUAUUUGGAUAGCGGUUUCAAGGGCUGGUUUGUGUCGACACUGUUGUUGGCCGCCUGGUUUGGGUCUUUGAUCAACGCUCCCAUUGCCGAGGCUUUCGGGCGUAAAUGGUCCAUCAUCAUGGCCGUUGUUGUCUUCACCAUUGGCUCAGCCAUUCAGGCUGGUGGCAUGACUAUUCCAAUGCUCUUUGUUGGUCGCGCCAUUGCCGGAGUUGCCGUGGGAAUGCUCACCAUGAUUGUCCCCAUGUACAUGUCUGAAGUGUCUGUACCGGGCAUCCGGGGGACAUUAGUUGUUCUGCAGCAACUCAACAUCACACUCGGUAUCCUUGUCAGUUACUGGCUCGAAUACGGUACCCACUAUAUUGGCGGCACGCGAUGCGCUCCCGAUAUUCCUUACAGCGGCGGAACCGCGUCCGACCCGACCUUCGACCCUCGCCACGACGUCGGUCCCCACGGCUGCACCGGACAAUCCGAGGCGUCGUGGAGAAUCCCAUUCGCGCUCCAGAUUGUCCCAGCGUUGAUUUUGGGAAUUGGAAUGCUGGCGUUUCCAGAGUCUCCUCGAUACCUGUUGUCCCGGGGCCGCGACGAGGCAGCGCUCGCUUCGCUGUCCAAAGUCCGACGUCUUCACAUCGACACUGAAAUGCUGCGCACCGAGUUUCUGGCCAUCAAAGCAGAGGUUUUGUUCGAAGAGAGUUUUGUUCGUGACAAAUAUCCUGGCAAAUCUGGCCUUUCACUUGUCUUUGCUCAGUAUUUCGAUUUGGUGUCGACUCGUCCGGCGUUUCAUCGUCUGGCGGUGGGAUGCUGUAUUAUGUUUUUCCAGCAAUUUAUGGGCUGCAACGCCAUGAUCUACUACGCCCCCACCAUUUUCGGCCAACUCGGUCUAUCCGGCAACACCACCUCCCUUUUAGCGACUGGCGUUUACGGCAUCGUCAACACUUUAUCAACACUCCCCGCUUUGUUCUUGAUCGACAAAGUCGGCCGUCGCCCCUUGUUGGUCUGCGGCGGCAUCGGCACAUUUGUCUCGUUGGUUAUUGUCGGCGGCAUCAUCGGCGGAUACGGCGAUUCAUUGGUCUCCCACAAAGCAGCGGGCUGGACGGGCAUUGCAUUCAUCUAUAUUUACGACAUCAACUUCAGUUACUCGUUCGCGCCGAUCGGGUGGGUGUUGCCGUCUGAGAUUUUCACCCUGGGUACCCGAUCCAAGGCAAUGUCUAUCACGACCAGUACGACUUGGAUGUGUAAUUUCAUCAUUGGACUCGUGACGCCGGAUAUGUUGGAUACUAUGAAGUGGGGCACGUAUAUCUUCUUUGCGGCCUUUUGUUUGUUGGCCGUGGGCUUUACGUUGUUGUUUGUGCCUGAGACACGAGGGAAGAGUCUCGAGGAUAUGGAUGUCGUGUUUAAGGAUACCGCUGCGCAUGAGGAGAAGGAGAGGCUUUUUGAAAUCGCUGCGCAUCUGGAGGGACGGGUGUUGGGUGGUAGUGAUGCGGAAAAGGGGGUGGAAAAGAAGGAGUUGGAGGGGUCGGUGGAACAUCAUUGA